ACGUUUCGUCCCCACCAGGCAAAACAAUUCUUUUUUUUUUAGCUAAAUUCAAGCUCCAAUAAUUGGCAUGCCACAUUUUGCUCAUUUUGAACCACAAUCAUAUUGUGACAGAAAAUAAAGCAUUCACACUGAUAAUUUAUUUUUUUAUUCACACUACUAGAUGACACAAUCAUUUGAACAAAUGCUUCAUGCCAUAUUUUGUUUUUAAGCAAUGCUAAUGCUUUGUGUGUUUUUCAAAUAUUAUCAUCGCUGCUUAUACUCGCUAGGGCCGAUUGUAUACAUUUUCAAAAAGAUGUCUUUUAUGAUAUGGUCACUGGUGACGCAGUAGGAGUUGGAGGGGAUGGGAUAGUUUUUGCUGACAUUGAGUAUUGAUUAGAAUCAGUUGUAGUAAAGAAUUUCUUCUUUGGUAUUUUAAGUAAGUAUUUUUAUAAUCGUAUAAUUCGCAAUCCUUUUAGGAAUUCUCAUUGCAGGUAUUUUUUGUAACAACAUCGUGUUCCAGUUACUAUUUUUUAUCUGGAUUACUAAUAUGAAACUAAUCAGCUUCAUAACAUUUACAUGUAGGUAGAGAUGCACCAAUACCAGUUUUGCAAGAGUGAGUACAAGUACUUAAAUUUCUGAUACAGAGUACAGAUGCUUUUCAUCCCGCAAAUGCAAUUAAAAUAUAUUUUAUUUGAAACAAAUACCUUUUAAAAACACUUGAACAUGGUGUAAUACAAAUAUAACAUUUCAGGCAUGAGCAUUUCACGGAAACGAUCGUUCCGUUACCGUGUCGUUACCCAGCCUGAGAAAACACGGAACCGAAAGUCCGUUUCCCAGAUCUCAGGGCUUACUUUUAACAAAAUUCGCCCAUGUGUGGAAUGUAAAACAAGUUCUCAACGAAAUACAACAAUCUGUAUAAAACGAACCAACAUGAACCCCUUUAUUUUUCAUGAUUAAAACGCCCAUCUUUGUCAGUGUGGUUUACAAACAGCACCGGUUUCCCCUUCUGCGCUACGUAUGCGCAAGGUUGAGUUAUUCAUAUCCGGGUCACUCAAAUGCUCGUCAAACAUGUCGGUUGCUAAGUGCAAAAGACAAAAUGCUCAUGCCUGCUAAGGCUGUAUUCUGAAGUACAUGUAAAAACCGGUUCCCAUGAGCAUUAUCAAUGGGAACCGAAAAAUCGUUUCCCACCGUUUCCCAGGACAAAAAUCAACGGAACCAAAAGAUCGGUUACCAUACUUGCCGAAAUCCUCAUGCCUGCAUUUAUUGAGGAACACCUUGUCAUUACUGACUAUUUUAAAAUCCAACUGCAUGUUUUUUAAGUCUUGCCACACUAUGCAAGAAGAAACAUGUAGUCCGUUGAAUAUACAAAUAGCAAUACCUAUGCCAUGUGGUGUUGACUACAAAAUAAAGUGAGUAAAAAGAAAUGCAGGACUGCAAAAUACCACAAAUUACGAAAUAGAAACCCGAUUCCAAUGAAGUUGGUGUUCAACAAAAGCAAGUACAAUUACAAAAACAAUAUUAUAAUGUCACAAAUACAAAACUUUGUUUUUAGCAAAGCAUUAAUUUGGAAAGAGGAAGAGUGAAGCUCCAGGGAGAAGAAAUAGUGAGGGUGGCUGACUUCAAAUACUUGGGGUCAACAAUACAGAGCAAUGGAGAGUGUGGUAAGGGAGUGAAGAAACGGGUCCAAGCGGGGUGGAACAGUUGGCGGAAGGUGUCUGGUGUUCUAUGUGACAGAAGAGUUUCCGCUAGGAUUAAGGGUAAAGUUUAUAAAACAGUGGUAAGACCGGCCAUGAUGUACGGAUUAGAGACGGUGGUACUGAAGAAACAACAGGAAGCAGAAUUGGAGGUAGCAGAAAUGAAGAUGCUGAGGUUCUGGAGUGAACAGAUUGGAUAGGAUUAGAAAUGAGCUCAUUAGAGGGACAGCCAAAGUUAGAUGUUUUGGAGACAAGGUUCGAGAAAGCAGACUCCAAUGGUUUGGACAUGCCCAGAGGCGAGAGAGUGAGUGGAUUGGUAGAAGGAUGCUGAGGAUGGAGCUGCCACUCUAAAGAGUGACAGGAAAACCAAAAAAAAGGUUGAUGGAUGUUGUGAGGGAGGACAUGAGGACAGUGGGUGUUCGAGAGGAAGAUGCACGAGAUUGGCUUAGAUGGAAAAAGAUCACACGCUGUGGCUACCCCUAACGGGACAAGACGAAAGGAAAAGAAGAACAUUAAUUAAAAAUUUUAUGACUGCAACAUGUUACAAAAAGGUGGGACAGGUAGGAAAAAAGCCUGAGAAAGUUAAGGAAUCCUCAUCAAACACCUGUUUGGAACAUCCCAGAGGUGAAAAGGCUAAUUGGGAACAGGCGGGUGCCAUGACUGGGUAUGAAAGGAGCUUCCCUAAAUUGCUCAGUCAUUUACAAGCAAAGAUGGGGGUGAGAAAAUAGUCAAACACUUUAAUGAACAAUUUUCCUCAAUUUACAGUAGCAAGGAAUUUAGGGAUUUCAUCAACUACGGUCCAUGAUAUCACCAAAAGUUUCAGAGAAUCUGGAAAAAUCACUACAUGUAAGCGACAACGCCAAAAACCAACAUUGAAUGUGCAUGACCUACAAUCCGCAUCAAAAACUGACAUCAAUGUGUAACAGAUUUUACUACAUGGGCUCAGGAGCACUUCAGAAAACCAAUGUCUGUAAAUACAGUUCAGCGCUACAUUCCUGGGUGCAACAAGUCUACUAUGCAAAGCAAAAUCCAUUUAUCAACUGCACCCAGAAAUGCCGCCGACUUUUCUGGGCCUGAGCUGAUCUAAGGUGGACUGAUGCAAACUGGAAAAGUGUUCUGUGGCCUGAUGAGUCCACAUUUCAAAUUAUUUGUGGAAAUUGUGGAUGUUGUGUACUCCAGGCCAAAGAGGAAAAGAAUCAUCCAGACUGUUGAGAAUUUAAAAUGCUAAAGCCAACAUCUGUGAUGGUAUGGGGCUCUGUUAGUGCCAGUGGGAUUGGGUAGGUUAUACAUCUGUGAAGGCACCAUACAGGUUUUGCAGAAAUAAAUGCUGCCAUCCAAGAAACACCUUUUUCAUGGACGCCCUUGCCUUAUUUCAGCAAAAUAAUGCCAAACCACAUUCUGCAAUUGUUAAAACAGCAUGGCUUCACAGUAAAAGAGUGUGGGUAAUAGAGUAGCCUACCUGCAGUCCAGACCUGUCUCCCACUGAAAAUGUGUGGUGUAUUAUGAAGCGGUAAAUACAACAAUGGAGACCCCGGACUGUUGAACCACUGAAGCUGUACUUAAGGCAAGAAUGGGAAAGAAUUCCACCUACAAGGCUUCAAAAACAAUUGGUGUCCUCGUGUCACAAAUGUUUAUUGAAUGUUGUUAAACAAAAAGGUGAUGUAACACAGUGGUAAACAUAACCCUGUCCCAGCUUUUUUGGAACAGUGUUGUAGCCAGAAAAUUCCAAGUUAAUCAAGAUUUGAUUAAAAACAAGUCUCAUUAGUUUAAACAUCAGUUUGUCUUUGUAGUGUAUUCAGUUAAAUAUAGGUUGUACAUGAUUUACAAAUCAUUGCAUUCUGUUUUUUUGAACAGCAUCCCAGCUUCAUUGGAAUUGGGUUUGUAAAACGGUGUCAAGAUAAUAAACUUUAUCACACUAUCGUUAACUUUUUUUUUUUUUGUUUGUUUGUUUGUUUGUUUUGUUUUUGUUCUUAUACAACAUGCCACACUGCAAUGACUUCCUGAUGGGAGCGCGGUUGGCUCAGCCGGAGCCGAGCGGUGCAGAGCUGUCAACUGGUCUGCAGAAACUUCGAUGGCAUGUCCUCCUCUAUGACCAUGGAUGGCCCCUGCAGUGCUUUUUCCACCUCUUCCAGCUCCACCAAACAUUGCAGUUCUUCCGCUGUUGACAGUGGCAAUGUUGACCCAGAGGACAGCCGGAGUUGCAGAGCUGUGCCGGAGAGCCUUGGUGCCAAAGGUGGGGGUGGGAAUGGCAACGGCGGUGGUCGUUGCCUGGUCAGCAACGAGGUUGGAGGAGGGAUAAGUGUGACGUCACAGGAGGACCAGCCGCAUCAGCACAUGAUGCCCCCAAAGCGCCGGACUGAACUGAACAUCUCUCCACCUCCGCAAGACCUACUCAGUGAUAGUCACAUGUCCUGUCAAGCGGAAACAUCGUUGGACUCGGAGCACAGCAACAGCAUCUGGAUGGAGGACUCGCUCUCAAACUUCAGUCUGAUGAGCACCACCUCUUACAACGACAACACAGAGGUUCCACGAAAGUCACGCAAACGCACCCCACGGCAAAGGCCAGGGCCCAAGUCUUUGCUUACCAAUGAAGCAAGCAUGGAUGUUUUCGACGCGGACAGCGCCAAAGGGCCACACUUUGUCCUUUCCCAACUUGGCACAGACAAGUCUGGAAAAAAAGGAAGUCUGCAAGAAAACGUUCAUACGCCUCAUCAUAAAGGAGUUCUAUCGAUGCAGUACCCAUCAAAGAGUGAACAGAAGGAGCUGAAGAUCCUUGUUCAGCCGGAGCCGCAGCAUCGGGCUCGCUACCUGACGGAGGGCAGCAGAGGGUCAGUGAAGGACCGGACUCAGCAGGGCUUCCCUACUAUAAAGCUAGAGGGUGUGAAUGAACCCGUUAUUUUGCAAGUGUUUGUGGGAAAUGAUGCUGAGCGCGUGAGGCCCCAUGGAUUUUACCAAGCUUGCCGAGUGACCGGCCGCAACACCACAGCCUGCAAAGAGGUGGACGUCGGGGGAACGACUGUCAUUGAAGUCCCCUUGGACCCAAGCACCAACAUGACCUUAGCCGUGGACUGCGUUGGAAUCUUGAAGCUCCGAAACGCCGAUGUGGAGGCUCGAAUUGGGGUGGCUGGGUCAAAAAAGAAGAGCACGCGGGCGAGGCUAGUAUUUCGGGUCAACAUCCCACGUCCAGACGGUUCAGUGCUCACGCUCCAAACGCUGUCGUCUUCCAUCCUUUGCACCCAGCCGGCAGGGGUGCCUGAGAUUCUGAAGAAAUCGCUGCACAGUUGCUCAGUGAGGGGCGGAGAAGAACUCUUCAUCAUUGGCAAGAAUUUUCUCAAAGACGCUAAAGUCAUAUUUCAAGAGAAUCUCUCUGAUGAAACUUCUUGGAAGACAGAGGCUGAAAUUGACAUGGAGUUGUUUCACCAGAAUCAUUUGAUAGUGAAGGUUCCACCUUACCAGAACCAAAGCAUCACCUCUGCUGUGUCUGUGGGUAUCUAUGUGGUCACCAAUGCUGGCAGGUCCCAUGACGUUCAACCGUUUACAUACAAUCCAGAUUCAGCAAACACUGAAGUUUUUGUGAAGAAAGAGACAACAUCCCCAGUGAAGACAUGUCCCUUUGAUGACCAAAGUAAAGUUCUGAUGCCUAUAUUGCCUCAAGUGAAGAAAGAAGAAGUCACUCCCAUGGAGGUCACCAACAACCUCCAAACCUCUGCAGUGUUCAAGACACUGGACCUUUGUCCAGCACAGCAGAGCCCAGACAUGUCUACAGGACAUCUAAAUAAAAACAGAGAAUUUUCGAACACAUUGCCACAGUCCUCUACUGAACCUGACAAAAGCCAGGCCCCAGUUUUUACCAACACAGAGGCUUUGGCCACAGUCCAGCCAAGAGUGGGUCUUGGGCAGGAAAGGCAAGUCAACAGCUGUGGGUCUGUCGUGAGGCCUUGUGCGGAUCCUCCACCUCCACCGCAGCAGUUGUCCAUGUUCCCUUCAGAUGAAGUGGCCCAGUUGGAGGAGGCAGUUCAGCAGCUUAAGCCCGAAACGUUCAGUAAUCUCCCACUUCAGACGGACAACUCGAUAACCAACCAACAGCACCAUAUGCAGCACCAACAGAUCCAAAGCCAACACAUUCAGCAGCAGCAGCAACAGCAACAGAUUCAACAGCAACACCAACUGCAGCAACAGCAGCAGGCGAUAGGGAAUCUACAACAUCAGAUAUUCCAAUCCCAGCUUCAGAUGCAGUGUGUGAAUGUGGAGCAACAGGGCUCCUCACAAGGUGCUCUGCCAAACCAGGGGUCACUUUUCCAACAGGCUCACCAGCAGCAGCAGCAGCAGCAACAACAACAAGCAACUCUCUUUCAGCAGACUAGUGAACUCCUCACCAUUCAGACCAACUUCCUCCAGCAGACACCCUCACACCCUUCCCCACCAGCGUUCCACAAUGCCAGUCCUAUAACAGAAGCACAUGAUCCCCAGACGCGUCUGUUUCAUAGCCAGAGCUCCUCUCACACUCCAGAGCAAGUGCUCUUCCAAAACAACAUGACGGUUCUGCAGCCUCCAGACCAGCAACCUUCAAACUCCAGUCUAUUCCUCCCUCAGACGUCGCUUUCACCCCAGCUGACCACCAGUAGUAGUCAACAGCAGCAACUGGCCUUCCUCAAUGCUUUACAAUCACCUGCCCCCGAACAACAAUCUGUGUUUCAGGCUCAGGCUCAGCUCUCUCCGAUUCAGCAAGGUGGACCAAUGGAGCAACAGCAGCCUUCGCAGCCUCAAGCCCUCUCUCAAACAAGUCAGCGGCAAUCUUUAUUUCAGAACAUCAUCCAGCAUCCACCUGCAAGCACACUAUCUUCAGGUCAACAACAGUCAGCUGGACUGCUGUUCUGUAACAACACUCUACCCACCACAGAACAGACAUCCAACAUGCUCUUCAGCAAUCAGAGACAGAUUCCUCCUUUGACCACCAGCAGUCUGGUUUCCCCAGAAGCCCAGAACCCUUCACUGCUUUUCUCACAGGCCAGCAUGGUGGCGGUAAACCAACAAGUCCGCUCUGAGCCCAUGUCCUUAGGCAACUCGAAUGAUGCGCGUCAGCAAGUGCUGUUUCAGGAUCAGCAACCAAUGCAACUUGGAAGCACCACAAGCAACGGGCAAGAACGGUCGGUGGGCCUUUACAUGCCUACACCGAACAUGGCUUCUCUGCAGAGUGGAUUGUCUCAGGAGCUCGCACAGUCAACCAUGUUUGGCUCACCGAACGGUGUGGCCAACCUCCAGACGACCACCUCGUCUCCUGUUCAGCAACCAGGGAGUCUGUUUCAGUCUGCAGUCGGUGGGACCAUCAGUCAGCCCAGUCAGCCUCAACAACCUGAACUCUUCCUUUUUGGAAUUCAGAAUGAAUGUGGUCAGCUGAUGAACGCGCCAGGAAACACGCUGUCUGAUCAGAUUAUAGCCAUCAGCCAGUCUGGUCAGGAGCAGAGAGAGAGUGAGGCCCGCAUGCAGUCGCUGCUCAGCCAGUCACUGUCACAGUCGGUGACUGCGCAGAACGGCUUGAGCGCCUCCCAAAAUAUGGAAAAAAUUAACGACCUGCUCGUCAGCUGCCUGCAGGAGCCGGGGAGCAGCAUCAGUCGUUCGUACUAAUUAUCAGAGAAGUUUCUUUCGUUUUGUCUGUAUGAUAUUAUCACAUGUAUAUGAGGGGUCAAAAUAGAAUUGAAAGUUUGUACAAGUGACUGAGCAAAAGAUUUUAUUCAAUCCCUUUAUCUGCUCAAUAUUUAGAAAAACGGAUGAUCUCCUUCAAAGUGAACGAGAUCCGAGUGAUACAGAUUUAUCUACGUUACCGGGAACACUUGACGUCUCUUUGUAGACGUGUUGAUAAAAUUUUAAUGUUCUCUUUCAUUUUUUUUGCCGGAAGGGCGAAUAGAAGCGAAAGGAAAGUUCGAUCAGAGUGCGGAAUGAAUGUAAUACGGUGGAAGUUUGGUCGAAAAUGGCGUAGAAAGUGUAUUGAGGGGUUAAAAUGGAUUAUGAGGCAACAAAAUGAACAAGAUCGGCUGCGAUUAUCAUAUGCAGUAAUAUAGAAUGACGUUAUUGUGACACAUUUGAACUUGAGAUCUCAGCAGGGCCAUAUACUGGAAAUCCUUGCUUUUAUCCGUUUAUGCCUUGGAUUUUGUCACAGGGUUGAAAAAGAGUCAAAUGGACUAGAAUUGGCCUUUUUACAUAUUGGAAAACAUAAAAGUCUAGUGGGGGUGCACGUGUGAUCUAAGAAAAUAAAAAAAUAAAAUUGGAAUAAAUUAUGCACUUUAAGAUUGUUAAAUUGCUUUGCAAAAUAAACUUCAUAGGAUUCCUUCGUCAGCUAUACUACUGUCACAUCACAAAAUGUAUUUUUAUUAGCAAAAGGUAGCACCGGCGUUGCGCCAAUUGAGGAACAUUUGGAGCAAAAGUGUUUCAAAUGUAGUAGACAGAAUAUUUGUAUUAGACUGUGUCUACCCUGGAGUACAAAUGUAAAAUAGUUUCAUAUUGUCAUUUGUCCUUAGGAGUCACGUCAGUGGACUCACUCUGCGUCAGGUACCCAGAACCAAGGAUUGUAGCGUCGUCGUGGAAUGUUUCCUUAGCGGUGUCUGCCUUUAGGGUUUGGAGAAUUCCUCGUCUUUAUUUUGUCAUCCAACUUUCGGUGCAAAUUUUCUUCGCUACAACUUGAGUUACAAUCUGUUUGGGACACGCGCAAUCUACUGGGUGAAAUUCAACACUCCAGCCUGUCCUGUUUUGCAAGCUUACCCUGAGAAAGGUUUUAAAAGAAAAAAAAAAAAAAAAGGAGUAGAUAAAACUGUCCUUGUCCCAGUCGACUUAUUUUCCGACACCGGCUAUUCUAAUCAUCUAAUAACGUAAUUAUUGCUGUCUUAGCCCGCCCCGAAAAUUUGUUGCAUAUAGUGGAUGUAAAACAAAAAAGUGGAUAUAUAAAUGCCAGGUUUUGUAAUAUCGAAAAAUUCGACCAAGCAAAAUCAUUUCAAAAUAUUUCCACCAUGAAUGUGGUGCUUGGGCUGUACAACUCAGUUGAAUCUUUUCAAGCUGGAAGCAAGAAUCAACAAUGGAGGUAUUUUGCUUGCACACGUGUGGAGAACCUAUCAUAAAUGUGAUCUGGUUGUGUUCAGAAAUAGAUUCAGACUUCUAUGAAAUGGGAAUCAGCACGCAGACUGUUUCAAGCUUGCCUGAUUUACCACAAAUAUCACAAUAUCUACAAAACUUUUGCUGCCGUUUUUUUUUUUUUUUUAAUGUGCUUUCGAGUGAAAGCCUGGAGGUUUUGUGCUCACUGCCGUUUUCAACUAUUCAUAAUUUUCUCCACCUUGUCUAAGGUCCCAAGUUAUGUUUGGCUGAAAUACAGCAACGAUCACCACCAAAAGAACACCGUGCCUCCAGUGAAACGCCCCUGGUGGCGGGGUCAUGCUUUGGGGCUUAUUUUUCUUUAGCGGGACCCGGAGCCGAAGACAAGGUGGAAGAAGUUAUGAACCAUUUGAAAUAGGAACGAAUAAGUGUUCGCGCAAUAUCUUUUGGCUUCUGCUGGAAAUAAAAUAUAAAGAAAACAGCAGAAAUGUGUUGAUUGCGGGUAAUCAGUACAACUUUAAUAUGAUAUAUAUAUAUAUAUAUA